UAAUAUCAUUAUAAUAUGGUGCUCAUUAAAUAUUUCUUAAUGUUAAAAAAGUUGUGCUGCUUAAUAUCUUUGAGAGAACCAUGAUACUUUGAUUUACAUGAUUUUUUUUUUUUAGGAUUCUCGGAUGAAUAGAGAGUUCAGAAUAACAGCAUUUAUUUUUUACAGUAAAAAUAUCUUAACUGUCACUUGAUCAAUUUAAUGCAUACCUGCUGCAUAAAAAAAAAAUUCUACAGAUCCCAGACAUUUCAAUGGUAGUGUGUGCUUUCACUACCUAUAAUCCAUAUUAGGCUGCUUGCUUUAAAGGCACAAUAUGUAAUUGUUCGCCGCUAGAGGGCGCAUAUUCAAAACAAACAGAGGUAGUUUGAUGACACGUGACUGAGUGCGGAAUCAUGGGAGUUGUGGUCUUUAUCCACACAGCUGAUGCAAUCGAAAAGCAGCGGAGCUUUAAUUAUGCCACAGUCGACCGCUUCCGCUCCUUCCGGUCGUGCGUAUGUGGGGGAAAAAAGCAGAGUUGUUUUAUCAUACUAGAUAAAUUUGAAAGUUCUGUUAUAAUGCUACUUCGUGCGGUCGUCGCAGGUCUAUUAAAACGCAUAACAUAUUAAAGCGUCUUAGCUGUUUCCAUGUUUUCUAUAAAACAAAACCAGAAAUCGAGGGGUUAUAACGUCAUUGGCAGGCGACACAAUGACACUAUGGACAUGGUCCGUGUCACUAGUUAAAAUUACUUGUUUCUCUGGAUUUAAACAGUCUUUGAAACAUUUGGGAUAAUGUAAGUAAACAAAUCAGCAAAAUACUUAUAACAGUGUUCUAGUGGUUUUUGGAUAUUUUAAUAAAAAAAUCUUACAUAUUGUGCCUUUAAGCAUCUUUAUUGAUCUAAGAUUGUUAUUCUCAACAAAUAUCAGAUAUGCUUUAAUAAACCUUAUAGACUUAAUAGGAAACAUUUGAAAUGAGAGGUCUAAUUGCCUCAAAGUACAAAGAACAUUAAGCACUAUGGUAAAUUCUGUAUGUUGGCAUGUGCUGUGUCUCAUUGACUGUUUUCUUUCAGAUGAAGAGUCGCUUGAAAUCAGCUGGCUUUGGAAUCACAUCAAGUACAGCCUUUUUCCAGGACGCUAACAAACUGUUCCUAAAUGAACAAGCUAAGUGGGUGCAUCUAAAGGAGUUUGCCCGUAAAAAUGCUGCCAACGCUCUUUCUGUUGCCAACAUGGUCAUGGGCAUGGCUUCAAUCCUCUGCAGUCUCAAUGGCCAAAAUCAUGCCGCGUGCUGGCUGGUUCUGAUCGGUUACCUGCUGGAUUUGGCAGAUGGUGCGGUUGCUAGGCAACUAAAUGCUUGUUCUGCACUGGGUGCAAAAUUGGAUGAUUUUGCUGAUUUUACAACAUUUGGAAUAGCAACAUCUCUUAUCUUAAGGACACCCAGUCUUUUGGAUAACAUCCUGUGCAUGUUGUAUGUGCUAUCUGUUUUUACUCGUCUCUGCUUCUUCUCUAGCGGAAUCCCAUUCAUGUAUCGUGGCCUACCAUGCAUCUACUCCUCUGCCAUCCUGGUGUGUGUUUCUCUGCUGACUGGAGGAAAUAUGGCAGUACUGAGAAUCCUAGCAGUGGCCAUGAUUCUCUUCAUGGUCAGGCAGAACUUCUACCCACAUGACAGAGUACUGGAGUCUCAGGCCUGGAAGAAGGUGGUCUACAUCGGAGGAGUUGCCAUGGUGUUUUGCUCCUCCUUCCCUCCAGCAUGCGUUUACUACUUGUUGUGGUCAGUUUCCUACAUACUGUUUCCAACAACCCUGUGGAGCAGCAAAGUGUAAAGGGGUAAAGGCCUAUGAGGCUCACACGUCAUAGAAUCCCCUUCUCCUUCCUGCAAAGGAAAAUCAAACCAAUUUAGAAACUUGGAAAACCAUUUUUAAAUCAUUUUUUAUUUUGAGGUGAUGAAGUUCAUGAAAUCAACAUGAUCUAAGGAAGCAUACGGACAUCCUGAUUGCUGCUGUUUUUUCAUCGCAAAGGAUGAGAAAUUCUCUUUACCUCUGCUUCACACGUAUUGUCAUGUUUGAAUGGCAUGUUGACAGAAAUAGUAGGUGGUCUCGGAUACAGUAUGUGUGGUGUUUGUUGCACAGUUCUGCCUAAAUGAAUCAGAUCUGAAAAGGCAAGAAGCAGAGUUGAGAUUGUCAAAUUUGCUGUGGAAUUUAUACUUGUAGAAUUACUGCUUUUUGGUUGUUUAAGUGACUGAUCAGCUCCCAUUCAUAAUCAAAAUUUCUGCUUAAUUAUUGAAAGAAAAAUUCCCAUAAGGGAAUUUUAUGCAUAUGAUCUGUGUAAUUUCAUGUAAAAACACUACAGUAUGAUUAAGAUAGUGGCUAUCAUCAUAUACUGUAGUUUAUCUAUUGAAUGGUUAAUAUGUGACUUAAAUUACUUUGUGUCCCAUAUAAUAUUAGGUGGGCCUUCAAAACAAAUGCCUCGUAACAAUAUGAAAAAUAAGAGGAUUGAUUUAAUUUUAAUAUAUGAGUUUAUCUGUACCAUUUAACCUCUGUUUUAAGGGGUUCUGCCUCCCGACUCGGUUAUCAGUAAUUGCUUGUGUUUAGCGAGUGAUCUUCCAUUGAAUUUGCUAUGUACUGUUGACAGGUUCAAUGGGAAGUUGAUACCCUGCAACAUAAUAGUAUCAAGGCAUUAUUUUGUGUUCUGUGCACCACUUGUGGUUACAUUUUAAUAAAUUUAGUGGUGUCAAGAGGAAAA